AUGUUUCACACACCAAGCCGUUUCACCAUUUUACUAAAUGAGAAUCGUUCUCGUAUUCUUCCGUACAGUUGUAAUAAUAAAGUCCAAAUUAAAAAGCUUCAGACGGAACUUCUAUGUUCUCCAGGAUAUCACAUCUCUUUGAAGCAAGUCGUACAGUACAUCUAUAAAAACAAUGCACCUGUUGGAAACACAAAAAAUCAGAAUACGCUUAACCUCGGUCAACAGGCCGUCAAACACCAACCUCAAUUUUUCACCUUCUUUGCAGCUGUAAUGGAGGUGGGUGAAAUGAAAUCCGUCCUUGUUAAAAAACCUCCACUAAAGUCCACAAUUCCUGAGUUGAUGAGCUCUGAUUUCAAUAUCUCCACCGAUGAGGGAAAGAGCAGUCAGGUCUUGCUUCACAAGUGUGAAAUCACUCUUAUUGACGAAACUUGUGGUCACUUUCCCAUGAUCCUCUGGAAUGAAGAUCUCAUCAUGUAUGCCCAUAGAUUCUGGAAAUCCAAGGUAAAACCUAAUUUUAUGAAAUCAUCUUCUUACAUAUUUGCUUUGUUCAACUCACUAUUUAUAAUAAAGUGGGCUAAACUAUAUUAA